AUGAGUAACAGUAGUAAUCAUAAACGAAAAAAUACAAACUAUAACAAUGGAAAAACAACUGAUAUAGAAGAGAGCAGAAAGAAAGCAAAGUCUCUUCAUUCUGAAAAAUUACGUUUUAAAAUCAACGACAAUAACAAUAAAAAUAAUACACACAGUCAUAGAAGAAGUAGUACCUCUGAUAUCAGUAAUAGUUGCAGUAGCAGUGGUAGUAGUCGUGGAGGUAGCAGCAGUAGUAGUAGACGUCAUAGUAGUAGCGGUAAUAGUAGCAGCAGGAAAAAAGAUGAUGAAGAGUCAGUUGAAAAUUAUAAAACAACAACAACAACAACAACAACAACAAAUUAUUCGCAGUUUGAUUUGAAAAGAGAUAUUAGAAAUAGUUUUUAUGACUAUAGAUCAGGCAGUGGCAGUGGUUUUGGUGUUAAUCUCAACAAAGAAGAUAUAUUCUAUGGAUUUGAAGAUGAAAAAUCAGUGAAACAGAAUAUUCGUCAGUUGGCAUCAUCGAAUCCAUCAGAGAUGACACCAUUUCUUAGAACUAAUCAUCGUAAUAACUAUGUUUGUAAACCGACAACAACAACAACAACAACGACAACAUCAUCAACAUCCCCAUCAACAACAACAACAUCAUCAUCAUCAAGAUCUACCAAUAGAAAUAAUAAUAGCAAUAGUAUAAGUAGUAAUAACAACGAUGCCAAUGUCAAUGACGAUACCAACAACACUCUCUUUGACUUUCCAAGUUGUUUUCCACAGUGCAGUAACAACCUUUACAUCGACGGUGCACUCUCUUCCUUCCAACCACUCAUUAAGUUCAAGAAUGAAAUACGAUUGAAACUACUCACUAGACCAUAUCCACUAUCUAUAAACAAUUACAUUUCACCACUUUGGUUUGAAGAACAUUUCAAUAAUAAUAUUAAUAAUAAUAGUAAUAAUAAUAAUAAUAAUAUAAAUGAUAAUAUAACAACAACAACAACAACAACAACAACAACAACAAAUAAUAAUAUAAAUGAUAAAAUAAUAUAUAAAAAUAAGAUAUUAGAACAAGAAGGAGUACCAGCGGGUUUGUUACAAUCGAUAUUGAAGGAAGAGGAAAAGAGUAGAUCUAUUAGUUUACAACAGGAUAGGACAUCAUUUAACUAUGGCAAUACAAUGUUGAAUAUUAAAGAUAAACUGUUGGUGUUUGCAUCUGGUAGCAAUAUGAAUGUACUCACACUACACUCUUUGAUAUCUAAAGACAAUGGUGUUUUCCCAUUGAAAUAUCAAUACGAUCAACAUGCAUUACAUUAUUAUAAUCAACCACAAACUAUUUUGAAUAUAGAUUAUUAUAAAUACUCAAAAUAUAUUUAUUUAAUUUAUUUUAGAACUUUAUAUUCUGUAUAUUUCUUUUAUCUUCGUUAUAAUAAUGACAAUAAUAAUAAUAAUAAUAAUAGUUUUCAAAGUAAAGAUGAAGCUAUAAAGAAUUCAUCUUUAGAAUUUAUCAAUAAGACAACUUUUAAAGAUAUAGUAUCUGAUGUCUGUAUAUCUAGUAGAUCUCUUGAGAUUGCUUAUGUAUUACUUUCAGAUGGUAGUUUAUUAUCAUUAAACUAUCAAGCUAAACAUGAUUAUAAUAAAUAUUUAAAGUUAUUAUUAAAAUCAGGAGGUGACCAUGAAUCAUUGAGAAUUGGAGAAUGGAAGAAACUUAGACUGUCAAGAGAUACUGGAAUUCACUGCUAUAUUGCUUGUCCUACAGAGUUGAUAGCGGUCGAAGUCUAUGGUGGAACAACGGAAACCGUUCAGUGUAGAUUGUUAAUGAAUCAUCUUUCCUACGGUUUGUUGACUGGUUUCUUGAUGUUGGAUCACUUCCAGAUGGUCGUUACAACGUCAUAUCGUUCACCACCAGCUGCUCGACAACAUCAAUCUCUUGGUAAUUCAUUCGAAUAUCACUGGUUUCGUUACGUUUUUGCAGUUUGGUCACAAGCCGUUUCCUCAGCAACUGCAGUUGCCGCACCUCGACUUUAG